AUGAGCGACACAUCGAAUUGCACAGCUGUCAGUCUAGCUUGUCCUGUCUCCGCGACAACAUACGGCUACACUCCCAAUUUAGGAGGAAACGUAUUCUUUGCCGUGAUUUUCGGCAUCUGCACAAUCUAUAACCUCGCCAUGGGCCUGAAAGCUAAAGCAUGGAAAUUUAUGGUAGCAUUGACGGUCGGCUCUCUCAUGGAGUUGGCUGGAUACAUCGGCCGAAUUCUGAUGCAUUACAAUCUGUGGAACAAUGGAGGAUUUGAGCUUCAGAUUAUCUGCUUGAUUCUUGCUCCCUCCUUUGUGGUGGCCGCUAUUUACUGGUCACUGAAACAUAUUGUCUUAUGUCUUGGUCCAGAACACUCCAGAAUCAAACCUAACCUCUACCCGUGGGUCUUCAUUGGCUGUGAUUUAGGAUCAAUCCUUCUUCAAGCGGCCGGUGGAGGUGUUGCUGCAGCCGCAAAGAAAACCAAUCAAUCUCUCUUGGAUGCUGGCAAUGAUAUUAUGAUUGCUGGGAUUACUUUCCAAGUUGUGACCAUGGCCGUUUGUGGAGUGCUGGCGUUAGACUUUGCUUUUCACGUAGUUCGUGCCUCCGCAGGACUUUCGCUUGACGAGAAGUUGGCUGCAACCAAUCCGUGUGGAUUUCUCAUAUUUUGUGUGGGAGAGGCAUUUGCCUACCUCACUGUUCUGAUCUGUUGCAUUUAUCGUAUUCCUGCGAUGGCAGGCGGUUGGGGAAACCCGUUGAUACAGGAUGAGACCGAGUUUCUGGUUUUGGACGGCAUGUAA